UGUUCGUGUAAUACUCUGUUGGUCUAAUCGUCAGAAAAAUGAUCUUUACGAGAAUAUUUCUUAAUGCAGUUUUUGUUGUCAUGGCUAGCUCAAUGAAGUCAGAGAUUAAGGAAAUAUCCAAUGACCAAAAACGAUCGCCAUCAUCAGAAAGGUGCCAUUAUAGACCAACAAAUAUGAUCAAUGAGUGUUGUCCCGUAACGCAGCCUAAAGACUGUGGAGAUAUAGACCCAGCUCAUUGUAAAAGUGGAGUAUAUACGAUCUAUCCAGAUGGAACAAGACCAUUUGAUGUAUACUGCAAGCUUAUUAACCAAGGGAAGGCAUGGACAGUUAUUCAAAGACGAUUCAACGGAAAGAUAAAUUUUAAUAGAACUUGGAAAGAAUAUGAGUAUGGGUUUGGUAAUAUCAACGGAGAACACUGGCUUGGUAACGAGAAAAUACAUAUUUUAACGUCCAAAGGUAUCUCUGAAUUUAGGAUACAGCUAGAGGAUUUUGAUGGAGAAACCAGAUAUGCUUUAUACAGAAACUUUUCUGUUGGAAAUGCAAAAUCAAAAUACAAACUGUUAAUUGGUGGUUAUAGCGGAAAUGCUGGAGACUGUCUCUACCAACAUAAUGACAAACUAUUCUCUACUCCUGAUGAAGACAAUGAUACUCACAAGGAAGGCAACUGUGCUGAUUACAGCAAGGCAGGAUUCUGGUUCCACAAAUGUACUCAUUCGAAUCUAAAUGGAGCUUACCUAAAGGCUGAAACCAAAUAUAGAAAUGAAGGGAUGACAUGGCCUUGUUGGAGAGGACAAUUGUAUUCCCUGAAAACAACCACAUUAAUGAUACGUAGAUUAUGAAUAAAAAGAUACACGAUACAUUGAUUUAUAGCUGUUUAUCGUUUUAAAUACUGCAGUCAUUUUAAAGUUGCGAUGUAUAAUAUUUCAAUACUUUUCAGCUACUGAAAAAGUUAAUCAUUAACUCAUUUGUUUUAAACAAAUAAGAAUUUUCAAGAUU